GGGGGCGCCGGGGAAGGGCCCGCUCCGCCGCCCUCCUUCCCUUCCUCCUCCUUCUCGGCCGAGGCGGAGGAAGGCGAGGAGUCUCCUUCAUCAUCAUCUUCCUCCUCCUCUUCCUCCUCCUCCUCCUCGGGCCCGGCGGAGCUGGAGUGCCCGCUGUGCCUGGUGCGCCAGCCGGCGGGCAACGCGCCGCGCCUCCUCUCGUGCCCGCACCGCUCGUGCCGGGCCUGCCUCCGGCAGUACCUGCGCAUCGAGAUCACCGAGUCCCGCGUCAACAUCAGCUGCCCCGAGUGCAGCGAGCGCCUCAACCCGGCCGACAUCCGCCUCCUCCUGCGCGACUCCCCGCAACUGGUCGCCAAGUACGAGGAGUUCAUGCUCCGCCGCUGCCUGGCCGCCGACCCCGAUUGCCGGUGGUGCCCGGCCCCGGACUGCGGUUAUGCGGUGAUUGCCUAUGGAUGUGCCAGUUGCCCCAAACUGACCUGUGAGAGAGAAGGCUGCCAGACAGAAUUUUGUUAUCAUUGCAAGCAGAUAUGGCAUCCAAACCAAACUUGCGACAUGGCCCGCCAGCAGAGAGCACAAACUCUGCGGGUACGGACGAAGCACACGUCAGGCCUCAGUUAUGGACAGGAAUCCGGCCCGGCAGAUGACAUCAAGCCAUGUCCCCGUUGCAGUGCCUACAUCAUCAAAAUGAACGACGGCAGCUGUAAUCACAUGACCUGUGCGGUAUGCGGCUGCGAGUUCUGCUGGUUGUGUAUGAAGGAAAUCUCGGACUUGCAUUACCUCAGCCCUUCCGGUUGCACCUUCUGGGGGAAGAAGCCAUGGAGCCGUAAAAAGAAGAUUCUCUGGCAGCUUGGGACACUGAUAGGUGCCCCAGUGGGCAUUUCCCUCAUUGCGGGCAUCGCCAUUCCAGCCAUGGUCAUUGGCAUUCCUGUGUACGUUGGGAGAAAGAUUCACAGCAGAUAUGAAGGGAAGAAAACCUCCAAGCACAAGAGAAACCUGGCUAUCACCGGGGGUGUUACUUUGUCUGUGAUUGCAUCGCCUGUCAUUGCUGCUGUCAGCGUCGGUAUUGGAGUCCCCAUUAUGUUGGCCUACGUCUAUGGAGUUGUGCCGAUUUCUUUAUGCCGAGGUGGUGGCUGUGGAGUUAGCACAGCCAAUGGGAAAGGAGUUAAAAUUGAGUUUGAUGAGGAUGACGGGCCAAUUACAGUCGCAGAUGCUUGGAGGGCUUUGAAGAACCCCAGCAUUGGGGAGAGCAGCAUCGAGGGCCUCACUAGUGUCCUGAGCACCAGCGGGAGCCCGACUGAUGGACUCAGUGUCAUGCAGGGCAACUACAGUGAGACAGCCAGCUUUGCGGCCCUCUCUGGAGGCACCUUGAGCGGAGGAGUGCUUUUGGGUGGGAAAGGAAAGUACAGCAGACUGGAAGUGCAGGCCGACGUGCAGAAAGAGAUCUUCCCAAAGGACUCUGUCAGCCUUGGGGCCAUCAGCGACAACGCAAGCACACGAGCCAUGGCCGGCUCCAUCAUCAGUUCUUACAAUCCCCAGGACAGGGAGUGUAACAACAUGGAGAUCCAGGUGGAUAUAGAGACCAAGCCAAGCCAUUAUCAACUCGUUAGUGGUAGCAGCACCGAGGAUUCGCUCCAUGUUCACACACAGAUGGCAGAGAACGAGGAAGAAGAAGAGGAGGAGGAAGCAGAGGAGGAGCAGGAGGAGGAGGAGGUGUGCAACCACCCCAGUUGUGAGCAGAAAGACUGUGUGGCCAGCAAAACCUGGGACAUCACCCUAGCACAGCCGGAGAGCAUCCGCAGUGACUUGGAGAGCUCAGACAGCCAGUCGGACGAUGUGCCCGACAUUACCUCGGACGAAUGUGACUCCCCCUGCUGCCCCCAGACCGCCUCCUGCCUGCAAGCCCCCAACGCCAGAGGUGCUGAGAGCCCAAGUGCCCAUCUCGGCCUGUGUGCCCAAGCAGAGGGGCGCCGGCCAGAGGAGACCGUCUCCACCCUGGGGUGCAUCGAGGCCCGCGUAUGAGGCUGUGCCCCCCCCCUCGGAGGAGAGGCCCACGGAUGGUCACUGCCUCCAUCCCGUGGGGUGGCCACGUCCUUGUUGGCUUUUCUUUCCGUUCCUCCCAGGUGGCUGUCUGAACCGGAUGCUGGGGGAAAUGGCAUUUCUUACAUGAUAAUAAACUCUUAAUCUCUUUUUCUUUUCUUUUCUUAUUCAUUUUUUUAUUUAUUUAUUGGUUCAAGCUCUCGGUGAUGCUCUGUGAGUUGUGUAAGAGUGUGCCUAAACGUGUGCGUGUACAUCGUACGCCUGAAGAACGCCUUUAAUAAAGAUUCCUGUUACCAUUCAAAA